UCUCUCUCUCUCUCUCUCUCUCUCUGUGUGUGUGUGUGUGUGUGUGUGUGUGUGUGUGUGUGUGUGAUACCUGUACCUUAUUCUCCAUGGAAACAACAAAUGCUGCCCUGCAGCCUUCAACUUAUGAUGGAAAGCUAAUCACCGUUCUCAGCAUUGAUGGUGGUGGAAUUAGAGGAGUUAUCCCAGGAACUAUCCUAACCUUUUUAGAAUCUGAGCUGCAGAAACUGGACGGUGAAGAUGCAAGAAUCGCAGAUUACUUUGAUGUGAUUGCAGGGACAAGCACAGGCGGUCUUGUGACUGCCAUGCUUACAAGCCCAAAUGAAAAGAACCGACCCUUGUUUGCGGCCAAGGAUAUCAAGGACUUCUACCUAAACCAAUGCCCUAAAAUAUUCCCACAAAACAGUUGUCCAUGGUUCCCUCAUAUUACAAAGAUAAUGAAAGCUUUAUCCGGACCAAAAUACGAUGGCAAGUAUCUACACAGCCUUGUCAAGGAAAAACUUGGAAGCACAAGGUUGCACCAGACAUUGACCAAUAUUGUCAUCCCAACAUUUGACAUCAAGCGGCUCCAGCCAACUGUCUUCUCCAGCUUUGAGUUGAAGAGAAACCCAAGCUUAGAUGCCUUACUCUCGGACGUAUGCAUCGCAACCUCAGCAGCACCAACUUAUCUUCCCGCUCAUUACUUUCAAACCAAAGAUCCCGCAGGAAAAGUUCGAGAAUUUAACCUAGUGGACGGUGGCGUUGCUGCAAAUAAUCCGGCUUUGCUUGCCAUCGGUGAAGUAACAAAGGAGGUCACUAAAGGAAAUCCAGACUUCCUUCCCAUGAAACCGAUGGACUAUGGAAAGUUUCUGGUAAUUUCAUUGGGAACUGGAUCUUCAAAAGCUGAUAAGAAUUAUAAUGCGCAUGAGGCAGCUAAGUGGGGCAUUUUGAGCUGGCUAACCAAUGGUGGUUCCACACCUAUUGUCGAUAUAUUUACACAAGCAAGUGCGGAUAUGGUGGACUUGCACCUUUCCGUUGUUUUCCAAGCCCUUCAGUCAGAGCAAAGCUAUCUCCGGAUUCAGGACGACAAGUUGACUGGGGAUGUCUCUUCUGUGGAUAUAGCCACAAAGAAGAAUUUGGAUGAUCUUGUGAAAGUUGGUGAAGAAUUGCUAAAAGAGCCAGUUUCUAGGGUGAAUUUGGAAACUGGACUUUUCGAGCCUUCUAGCCAUGAGACUAAUGAAGAAGCUCUCAGAAGGUUCGCGCUAGAACUAUCCAAACAGAGGCGGCUUCGCCAUGCUAAGUACCCUAAUGGACACGCAGCAAAUUCCAAAUGAUGUUACACUUUAAACGAUCAAAGAAAAUGUUUGUGUCAUGAAUAUAUAUUUGAUUAAUUCUUUUGUUGGAAGUUGUGGAAAAUUAUUGUAAGGUUGAGGUGGGGGCACAUAAUAAUCCACCAUUUGACCCAGUCAUUCCAAAUGAUGUAAUUUAAUUUUCUGUUUUGUCUUCGAAUUUUUGUGGUGUGAUCAAUAAAAAUAAGGCAAUUACCUGCCAACUAUAUUUUUUUA